GAAGCACAUCCCGGGAAGAAAAAUGCGUUGUGGACCCCUGUGCCGAUUCCUGUGGCUUUGGCCCUAUCUGUCCUACAUUGAAGCUGUGCCCAUCCGAAAAGUCCAGGAUGACACCAAAACGCUCAUCAAGACGAUUGUCACCAGGAUCAAUGACAUAUCACACACGCAGUCCGUCUCCUCCAAACAGAGGGUCACUGGUUUGGACUUCAUCCCUGGGCUCACCCCUGUCCUGAGUUUGUCCAAGAUGGACCAGACAUUGGCGAUCUACCAACAGAUCCUCACCAGUCUGCCUUCCAGAAAUGUGAUCCAAAUAUCUAAUGACCUGGAGAACCUCCGGGACCUUCUCCACCUGCUGGCCUCCUCCAAGAGCUGCCCCUUGCCCCAGGCCAGAGCCCUGGAGACCUUGGAGAGCCUGGGCGGCGUCCUGGAAGCCUCCCUCUACUCCACGGAGGUGGUGGCCCUGAGCAGGCUGCAGGGGUCUCUGCAGGACAUGCUGCGGCAGCUGGACCUCAGCCCUGGGUGCUGAAGCCUUGAAAGCCUCUCUUCCCAAAGCUGAGGGAAGAAACCUGAGCUUCCAGGUAUCUGCAGGAGAAGAGAGCCUGUGUGGACAUCCUUUAUGCAGGCCU